UGUUUGCUUCACCCAGUACUUUUUAAUUGGUGUCAGGAUAAAAAUAUUACAGUUCACAAUGUUUUGGAAAAAAAUGGAAGAGUGCCAUUUGACAUAUGGCUACCUCCUUCAAUGUUCGAAGAAUGGAUGGAGAUAAUCAAUGCUACUUUCUCCUUCAAUUUUAAACAACAACCAGAUGAGAUAAGCCGGAAAUAGGGGGUUAAAAAGAUCUUCACUACUAAAAGUGUUUAUGAUCACUUGACCCAUCAGACCAAAGAUCGAUCAAAACACAUUUGGAAAGCAAAAAUUCCAUACAAAGUCAAGAUUUUCACUUGGCUACUAGAAAAAAAAUGCUAUUUUGACCAAAGACAAUCUAAUAAGGAGGAAAUGGCAGGGAAAUCCUUCCAGUGUCUUCUGUGAUCAAAGUGAAUCUGUGGACCAUCUAUUCUUUUAGUGCCCUGUGGCCAGUUGUAUCUGGGGGAUGGUUGGUUCCUGCUUUCAGGCUUCAAAUGUGCCUGAUAACUACAAUCAAUACAAACAAUGGAUUGAAGUCUGGUUGCUUGAUGGGAAAGUUGUACACCAUUUUGGUUUCGCAACGCUGGGCAAUAUGGAAAUGUAGAAACAAAAUGGUUUUUGAUAACAAAGUGAUUCGACAUCCGACUGAAAUCCUCAUUCAUGCUUGUGUCUUUUUGAAAUAUUGGACAGGUUUACAUAAGGAGGAACUGCAGGUAGGAUUACUGGAGGGAGUCAAGACUCUUCUAGCUUGUACUCACCGAGUGAUGGCGCAACAAAAGAGGGCGACCCAGAAUCUACUUCUGGCCCCACGCACAUCGACAGCUGAUGAGGAAGAGGAGGAGUGAAGACAUUGCUCUCUCCUGCUUAUUUCUUUUGAUCUAGGCUCCAGGUGUUUUGUCGCACUGUGGCUUUGACUGGUCCGUAAUAAUGCUACUUACUCCUACUUCUGUCGGCUACAUAAGAAUCCUAGCGCUAGGCCUCCUCUUGCUGAAACUCCCCAGCGUGAAAGUCAGGCGGGGACCUUCUAGGGUUCCCUCCCCCCUCUGCCCUUCUAGCCUUUUGCUGUAAUACAAAUUCUGUAAUUCCGUUCAUGAAAUGGAAUUUGGGAUGUGCCUCGUUUCGAAAAAAAAUCCAUUCAAAGUUUUAGAUGUUAGUAGGUCAAAAUUAAAACUGACGCGAUGUUGAUAGCCAAAAUUAAAUACGUUUGACUUAGAGCAAAACUUUAAUUGACCUAUAUUUAAGAUGGGAUAAAGUAACUUUGAAUCACAUACUCUAGGCAUAAAAUUUCUCACUUAUCGAAUCAAUUUGCAUAUGGGGAAUCAAAAAAGCAUAGCUGGUGGCUCAAAUACAGCCAUGAAGGGUUCUAAAAUUGACACGAACGCGAUGCUGAAACGAACCCCCUCGCUUCUGUGCGACCACAAACUGACAGUGACAGGUGGGGUAGCUCCCACGGAGACGCCAUUACAGAUUUCCCCAUCAGAUUCAGAUCUCGGGCGCGCGCUCCUGCUCCCGGACGGAUCGACCCCGCGCGACCCUCGGCUCCUACUCCUCCACGGCAGCCCACCAGCCGCCGCACCGCACAUGCUCGUAGUCGCUCGUGGUUGACCGACCUUGACCCCGUCGAGAAUGGUGCCCGGCGGCGACCUGGGCAGCCUCGCGGCCGUCGUGGCCGCGGUGACCGCGUGCAUGGCCUACGCCGGCUUCGCCGCGCGCCGGCUCCGCCCGGGCCUGCCCCGCCUCACCGCGCUCCUCCCGGUGCUCGCGUUCCUCCCUCUGCCCCCGCUCGCGUUCCGCGCGCUCCACCUGCGCGCCAUCUCCGCCUUCUUCCUCGCCUGGGUCGCCGAGUUCCGGCUCCUGCUCCUCGCCUCCGGCCAGGGCCCGCUCCACCCGUCCCUCCCGCUGCCGGCCUUCGCCGCCGUCGCCACGCUCCCCGUCACGCUGCGGGACCCCGGGGCCACCGCGGCGGCCGCGGGGCGCCCGGGCCUCGGGCUCGCCGAGUCCGCCGCCAUGGCCGCGCUGCUCGCGGCGAUCGUGCCGCUGUACCGGCACGAGGAGCGGAUGCACCGCUACGCCCUGCUCGCGCUCUACUCCGUGCACAUAUACCUCGCGCUGGAGCUCGUCCUGGCGGCGGCCGCGGCGGCGGCGCGCGCGCUGCUGGGCCUGCACCUGGAGCCGCAGUUCGACAGGCCCUACCUGUCGGCGUCGCUGCGGGACUUCUGGGGCCGGCGGUGGAACCUCUCCGUGCCGGCGCUGCUCCGGCAGUGCGUGUUCCGCCCCGUGCGCGCGCGCCUCGGCGCCCCCGCGGGGGUGCUGGCGGCCUUCGCCGUGUCCGGCCUGAUGCACGAGGUCAUGUUCUCGUACCUCACGCUGCGGCCGCCCACGGGGGAGGCGGCCGCCUUCUUCGCGCUGCACGGGGCGUGCGCGGUGGCGGAGGAGUGGUGGGCCGUGCGCCGGCGGUGGCCGCGCGCGCUGGCCACGCCGCUCACGCUGGCGUUCGUCGGCGUGACGGCGUUCUGGCUCUUCUUCCCGCCCAUCACCAGGCCCGGCGCCGACAAGCAGGUGAUCGCCGAGAGCGAGGCGAUGGUCGCGUUCCUCCGGGGCGCCGCGGCACGGGCGGGCGGCUCCGCCAGGUCUGUCUUGUCCGGCCGCUCGUAGGUUGGUAGCUCGCCGAGGCCGGGCGCGGUGCAUAUGGAUUAGCAAGACACCAUGCUUUUUUUUUUGCUGGUGCUAUUGUACUCUGUGAGAGAAAUAAAACUGAAACGGGGGUGUUUGGAUGUCGUAAAAUAGGGGUGCUAAAGUUUAGCCCUAGAUUACACUAAUAGGGCUAAAAGAGCAACUUCAAGAAAUUAGGUCGUAUUUAGUUGGUGAAAAGUUGUUUUGGUAUUGUAGUAUAUUUCGUUGUUACUUGACAAAUAAUGUCCAAUCAUGGACUAAUUAGUCUUAGAAGAUUCAUCUCCUCCUAAUCAGUUAGACUGUGUAAUUAGUUAUUUUUUUCAA